AUGCUCCGUGCCCCUGUCGUCAUGCGAUGCAUCUAUGCUUACCGCGCUGGCACGUUGCAGCUUGUGAGGGUGAUACUGCCGCCAGUGGUUCGCAUCGUCCGAAGCCCUCCAGCACCAGCAAUGGCAGCUCCACAAGCUGCUCCCGUCAUGGCUGGUGCGUCUGCCAAUGAGCGGCUCAUGGAUGUGGAAGGCCUUGAAAUUCCCGAAGCCACCUUGAGCUUGCCCAAGCGCACCUUCUUGCCCAAGAAUGCAAAGAAGGCCAACCGCCGCGCGGCCCAGCACCUGACAUGCUUCCGCUACGCCUUCAUGGCUCCGGUGCCAGAGCACCAGGCUGUGACGUCGCCCCUGUGA